CAUUUGUUUACGUAUCGACGACUUCAGACGUUAACACAUUCGAGAGCGUGUUGCCAAUUUUGACAUCAUGUCCUUAUGGAAAAGUUCCAUAAAACGAUGAUGGCCAACGAGCCAAUCAUCGAACUUAGAAUCAAAAUUUGUCGUUGUUUCACUUCCAACGAAUAAUCCGUUUUGAUUGUAAUACUGGAGCAUAGACAACAAUUUUGUCAGUAUUUUGACAUUUAUAGGGUAUAAAUGAUCCAUUUCAGGUGAAAAAUGAAAUGUCUUUUGGAUGCAACAAGUGUUAAAGUUUUGGCGAGAGCGAUACAUUGUUUAGCUAAAAUAGGCGAUGAGUUACAUAUAGAACCGACCGAAAAUGGGUUAACUUUGAAAACUGUCAAUGCCUCCAAAUCUGCCUAUUCAGCUUUUAAUUUUCAUUUACCGUUCUUCCUGGACUUUUAUCAUAUAAGUGAAAACACUGUUCAGGCUGAUUCUGAUGAGGAUACUGUAAUUAAAUGUAAACUUCCCAUGAAGUCUAUCCUGUCUGUGUUUCGGUCAAUUGGAAGUUUGGAGAAAUCAGUUGAAACUUGUAACAUAACGUUACCACUUCUGGAAGCAUUAUUAAUCAUUGAGUUCAAGUGCAAACAUGGUAUCAUUAAGCACUUUAACUUGCGGUACUUUGAAUGUGAAAGUGUUGAAGCAGAAUUUUGUAAGAGUGGCUAUGCCAGCAAAUUCUCCUGCACAUCACGCUUUUACAAUGAAACCCUUCUAAGCUUUCAUUCAAGCACUCAAGAAGUUACCUGGUCUCUUGCAAUGGAUCAAGUUCAUUUGAGCAACCACAUUGAUGAUGAACUAGAUCCAUCUAAAUGUGUACGUACUGAAGUCACAUUAGCCAAAGAUGAAUUUGUUGAUUUCAAUGUCGCCCUUUGUACUCAAGUUACCUUUUGUUUGAAAGAAUUGCGGGCUAUCUUAGCGUUCGCAGAAGCGUUAAAAUUAGACCUUGAUUGUCGUAUGGAAGGCGCUGGACAGCCUGUUCUGUUUAGCUUGGAAAAGGCAGACUUGUAUUCAGCUGAUUUCCUUUUGGCAACUUUAACACCUGUUUUGGAUUCUACUGCCACCAGUUCUCGAACUACCAACAACCAAAGGAAAAAUGACGCCUCGACACAAAGCAAUUUAUCGAAGCACUCGUCACCUGUACCCAUCCUAAGAGAUAAAGCUGGUACGAAAUGGAGAAGCUGUUGCACAAAUACGGUUUUCGGCAUGUGUUUUAUAACCUAUUCAAUAUUGCUAGAUUCCAGGACUGUUUCUUGUGCAAAUUUGCAAACUACUCUAAUGCUAAACGUCCCUGAGAGCCCGUGUCACACUUCUCGUCUAAACAGUUUAUCCUUAAUUGAGCCUCAGCUAUUUCCUGCGAUGGACGACAAUUUGGAUCUUGAAAUACAGCCGCCCCCACCCAAGAGAGCCCGUGCUCGCUACAUAUUCCAAAAUUGCCUAAAAGCUACACAAGAAGCUAGGGAAGGGCCAUGUGAAGUAUUUGCGCCCGAUUCAGAAGGGGAUGAUUAACCAGAAGAAAAGCCACUUGUUUUGUAUGUGCAUUUUGUACAUUUUCAUAAUAUUUUUCUUCUCUCUAGGUUAACUAGGUGGCCUUUUAUGUCGGAGUUUUGUAACAACUGUGUGUUGCUCACAAACGUUAAACGCGAUUGAUGUUGUUCUGUUCAGCUUCUUUAUGUAUUCUUGCCACAGUUGCCAUAGUUAAGUCAUUUUUUAUUGAGUAGCAUGGAUCGAAAAUCUGCGUUGCUCUUUUGAGAACCAAGGGGUGGCGGUGGUGGCGGCAUCGUCGAAGACUUCACCUGGCGGAGAAUGGAGUUGGGAACAAAGGACAGUUGCGUUUUUCUUUCUCUUGUACCUCCACCCAAAGAUAGUUCUUCUCUGUCUGUGGUUUUCUUAUCGUGACGCGGGGGCGGAUUACUCAGUGCAACGGUUAACACUCUAUCCUGGAACGUAGUUCCAUCCGUCUUAUUCAUAGCCAUUGUAGCCGAAACUUCGUCUUCAAACUCAACGUACGCUAUGCCUUUUGAAACCCCAGUCCGAAAGGUGGCUAACCGAACGUCUUUAACAAUUCCAAAUUUUGAGAAAAGAGUUUCUAAGUCCUCUUUAGUCGUAGUGGAAGCCAACCCUGUGAAAACGAGGUGGAAUGUCUCACAUUAGAAGACGGAAAAGGUUUGCAACGCCAUGUAAUUUACCUUUUACAAAUAGCUUUUUCUUUUCUAAAGUUGACUGGUAUUUGAAAACAGGAUGCUUCAAUGCUGAAUCAGGUUCCGAAGGCGAAAUAAACAUCGGUCUUCCCUUCAAUGGCUCACGAUCCCGCUUCAACGCUUCUUUUACCUCGUCCUUUAACACCAAAAAAUUAUGGCACGGUAUUUGAUUAAAUAAUUUACGGAAAACUUACUGAUGAAGAGAAUUCAACAUAACAAAAUCCCUUGCUACGUUGCUUAUAAUCCCGAACCAGGCGUAUGUCAGUUAUGGUACCCGAAGAACUCAUGGUUUCACGUAUAUCUUCCUCGGAAAUAUUAAAGUCCAGAUUGCUCAAGAAGACUGUGUUGGCAUGACGACACGGAUCGGUGAUCGGUUUAGGAAUUGUUAUGGGCUUCGCCGGUUGCGAAGCAUUUGUGCGAGUUUCGGUUGCGUUUCUCGUGUCCGACUUGGUAGUCGAAGUGCUAUUGUGCCCGAGUUUUGCUUUUUUAGGAGGGAUGGAUACGGGUUCGUUAUUUUCUUCGGUUUUGCCUCGUUUCCGGCCUUUAACUGUAUCCAAAUCCUUAACAAUUGCACUUUCCCUUUCUUUCUUUACUUUCUCCAUUCGCGCAUCACAUCUAACGGAUGAAAAAAAAAAAACAUUAUAACUGUCCAUUGACAAAACGAAUCAUCGGAAACCUGAGUUGAGCGUUGUCCAUCGUUUGUAGAUCCCCUUCUUCUCGUUCAAAUUGUAACCAUUGCUUCACGAUUAGCUCAGGCCAAUCCAACGACGUGACUGCAUUUAUACUUUUAAUGAAGAGUUUUCGGACUUCAGUGGCAUCACUAGCAUAUGCUCUACAAGGGAAAAGGGAGUUGAAGAACAAUU